AUGUCAGCUAUAGGAAUCGAUCUUGGUACAACAAAUUCAUAUGUAGCUGUGUAUAGGAGAAAUAAGGUUGAAAUCAUUGAAAACUAUGAAGGAAACCGUUCAACCCCAUCUUAUGUGUCAUUCACAAAAGACGAGAUCCUUAUUGGUGAAACCGCCAAAGACGAAGUAUCAUCUGAUGUUGAAAAUACUUUAUUCCAAAUUAAAAGAUUAAUUGGACGCUCCUACGAUGAUCCAAUGGUACAAGCUGACUUGAACUUGUGGGGAAUCACUAUAAUUGACGAUAGGAAUAAGCCAAAGAUAAAGGUUAAAUGUAAAGGCGAAGAAAAAACGUUCUGCCCGGAACAAAUCAGUGCUAUGAUUCUCAAAUCUCUAAAGAGAGCUGCUAAAGAUCAUCUUGGUAAAAAAGUCAAAGACGCCGUAAUAACUGUUCCUGCUUAUUUUAAUGAUGCUCAACGCAACGCAACAAUAGAUGCAGGAAAAAUAGCUGGACUUAACGUUCUGCGCCUUAUUAAUGAACCAACAGCCGCUGCGAUCGCUUAUGGAUUAGAUAGAGAGAAAAAUGAAAAACAGAAUGUUCUUGUCUUUGAUCUUGGGGGUGGAACUUUUGAUGUCACAAUUGUAAAUAUCAAAGACAGAGAAUUCCUUGUCAAGGCAACAGGCGGUGAUACUCAUUUAGGAGGCGAAGAUUUUAUCAAUCGGAUGGUCAACCAUUUUGUCUCAGAGUUCAAUCGUAGGUAUGAUUGCGAUAUAUCUCAAAACAAAAGGGGAAUUAAUCAAUUACGUGUCGCCUGUGAAGUUGCAAAGAAAAGAUUAUCGAUAUCCGAAACAGCAAAAGUUCAAAUAGCUAAACUUCACGGCGAUAUCGAUUUUAUAGAAACUAUUUCUCGUGCAAAGUUUGAAGAUCUUAACUGCGAUUAUUUUGAGAAAACGAUCCAAGUUGUAGAAGACACACUUUCAGAUGCUUGCAUGGAUAAAAGUGAGAUUGACAAUGUCUUGCUUGUCGGUGGAUCUACCCGAAUUCCAAAAGUGCAAGAGCUAUUACAAGAAUGCUUCGGAAGAGAAAUAAUCAGCAAGGAAAUCAAUCCCGAUGAAGCAGUUGCGCAAGGGGCAGCGAUAUUGGCCGCUGAGCUUUGCGGCGACAAUUCUGAACUUAUAGAAAAGUUUACUCUGAGCGAUGUAACACCUUUGUCCCUGGGAAUUGAAGUUUCUGGUGAUAGAAUGAUGUUCAUGGUUAAAAAAAACACCAAGAUUCCAACUCGUAAACGUGACACCGUUACUACAAGUUGUGAUUAUCAAAAGAGCAUAAGGUUUUCGAUCUAUGAGGGAGAACGGCCGUGUAUAAAGCACAACAACUUAUUAGGGAGUUUUGCUAUUAACGAUAUUCCAUUGCAACUCCGUGGAAUUCCAAAAUUUUAUGUUGUCUUCGAAAUCGACAAUGAUGGCGUACUUGAAGUUGAGGCGUACCAGCAAAGCACCGGAUUGAAGAACAGUAUAGUCAUCUUGAACAAUAGUGGUCGAUUGAGGGAAUCUGAAAUUAAUCGAAUGGUAUUUUUCAUUAGAAAAAUUGAUAAAUGCAUAGGUAUUUCUGAAGUAGAGAUUGCAGAGGCUGAACUGUUCAAUGAAUCAGACGAGAAAUUUAGAAAAAAAAGCGAAGCACGAAAUAAUCUUGAAAAUGAAUUGUACAAAUGGAAACAUGCUGUUUGUCAACCCGAAACAGAGAACAAUUUCUCAAAAGAAGAAAAAGAAAAAAUUAUAAAGAACUGUACCCAAAUGCUUGACUGGAUAGAAAGUCAUAAGGUGAAAAUAAUUCCCAAUGAACUAGACAAACCUCUGACUCCAGCUUAUAUUGGUUUCACCGAUGUUGAUAGACUUUACGGUGAUGCAGCUACCCACGAAGCGUUUUUCAAUAUGGAAAAUACUAUUUAUGAUCAACUGUGUGCAAUGUUGUUGGACCAGAUGAAACAACAGGCCGAAAUAUAUCUGGGAGAACGCAUCCAUGGUGCUGUCAUUUCAGUUCCUUCCAGUUUCAAUAAUUCCCAGCGAGAAGCUAUGAGAAACGCCGGUGCUAUUGCCGGUUUAACUGUUUUAGGAUUGAUAAAUGAAACUACGGCCGCCGCUGUUACAUUUGACAUUAGUAGAAGGGUGUCUAAUUCAUCAAUUAUUCUUGUUUUUGAUCUUGGUGGAGGUACAUUUGAUGUGUCUAUAGUUGCUAUUGAAAACGGCAAUGUCAAAGUACUUGCAACAAGAGGAGAUACUUGUUUCGGAGGAAGAAAUAUUGACCAGGCGAUGGCUGAAUAUUUAGCAAAUAAAUAUUUACACGUAACAAAAAUUGAUGUUAAAAAAUACAAGAAAGCUUUAAAUCGAUUGAGAGUUGCAUGCGAAAGAGCAAAAAGAAGUCUUUCAAGAUUUCACAAAGCGAGUGUUCGUGUGGAUGGGAUUUAUGAAAAUUGGGAUUAUGAAGGAACUAUGUUUAAAGAUGAUUUUGAAGACAUUAACAUGGAAUAUUUCCAAAAACUAGAUAAAACUGUCAAAUUGGUUAUCGAGGAUGCUGGUGAAGGAAUCAAGAUUGACGACAUUCUUCUAAUUGGAGGAUUAACACGUAUCCCCAAAGUACGUGAAAAUUUGGAAAAAUUAUUCAAUGGAAAGAAAUUAAACAGAACCAUCAACCCCGAUGAGGCUGUGGCUUAUGGUGCUGCGUUUGUGGCUGGCAACUUCAAAACAAAAGUACCGACGAUUGCCGAUAUUGCCACAUUGCCGAUCGAAUUGAAAAUAGGUACUAGUAAGACGAUAGCCAUAAUGAAGAGGGGCACUGAAAUUCCAACACAAGAAAACGUUAAAUUCGUGGUUGAAAUGCGUGAAUAUCAAUUGGGCAUAUACGAAGGUCAUGGUAUUGCGGAGGAAAAAGAAGUUCCUUCGUUUACCAUGGAAGUAAUUCUUGUACCUGGAAAAUAUGAGAUAUUGAUUAACGUAGAUUUCGGCGGCAUAUUGACAAUGCAUAUACUUCAAGAUAAAGGAGAAAUACAAUAUGAAAUAAAGGGAAAAAAUCAAUUGAGUUAUUCUGAAAUAAUAGAUAUGUUUGUGGAGCAUCAUAAAUUUGAACACGCAGACGAGGAAUGGGGAGAACAGUGUGAAUACAAAAAUGCACUCGAAAAUUUUGUGUACUCUAUUAAACAAGCAAUUAAACUUGAAAAAUAUCAGGAGAAAUGGAAUGAAGGCAAAGUGUCGCUCUUACUAAAAGCAUGCGAUGAAGUAUAUGAUUGGAUAAAAAAUAACAGGAAUGCCAAAUCAGAGGAAUCACAUGAAAAACAGAACGAAUUAGCGAACUUGUGGAUUGAUCUCAUGCACGACGUAGAUAAUAAUAAAGCGAAUGAUAUGAGACAACACGAAAACGAAAGAAGAAUACAAUUUGAAAAACGCAGUCGACUAAAAGAAGAACAAAUGAGAGCCUAUGAGAGCCUUGUUAAAAACAAUGAAGCAAGAUCAUCUCUCAUAAAUCGACUACGUGAUCAUUGUCUAAGCACUAAUAUCAAUCUUCGUGAGCAUGAAACAGCCGAAGUAUACGAAAUUAUUGAAUUUACGAAAAAAGAGAUUCAAAAAGAAAAAGAAUAUUGGAUUAGAGAAGAUAGACUUGUGGAGCUGAUAAAUUUAUCCGCUUUAAGAAUGAAAAUAGUGGCUACAAAAGCGGAAUUGAAACUUAAAUAUGAAAAGCUAAAUGAAAUGGACAAAAAGCGUGUUUGUAAGGAAGGAAACAUUUCAAAACGGAUCGAAGAAUUUCCACAGGAGUUUUCUAAUGAAACCAUAGAAGAUUUGGAAAAGAUGCAAGAACAACUCAAUGAAAUCGCAAAAGAUCUUGAAAAAUCAAUUACUCGGAUGAUGAAAAAAGAGAUCAAGAGUUUGCAGAACAUAUCAAAAACUAUUGAAUACAAGAAAAUUGUUUCCAAAGAAGAUGAGAAUGUCAUAAAAUCAUUUCAAAAAUGGAAAAUAAAAAAUAUACAGAAAGAAGAAAUUGAGCAAAAGAGAGAAGAAGUGAGAUUAUUCAGUCAUGAAUUGAAGACUAAAAAAACUUCUGAGUUACAAGAAAUCAAUGAAAAACUGGAAGAACUACAAAAGAUACAAGAGAAUGCCACCGAGAGAAAUAUAAAGUCCAAAACGGUAUUUUAUAAUAAACAAAGAUCUAUAUAA